UAAAUUGCCAAUUCAUUAGGUAGAGCAUUUAAGUACAUACUGGAGACAUCAGAGCCAGGGAUACCACCAGCAUUAACAAAGAACCAUGCAGUGGACAGAGAAUCUCAGCAAGUUGGUCCUGGCAGUGGAUUCAGUUACACUGAUCGCAGGUCUUCCAACUAAUCUGUUGGCUCUCUACAUCUUUAUCCAUAAGAUGAAGCAUCAAGCUACACCCCUCGAUGUAUUCUUGCUCAGCCUCACCAUCUCUGACCUGAUCUUCCUGUUCUUCCUUCCAUUGCGCAUGAAAGAGGCGGCCGAAAUGAAAUGGACCAUGAGCUACUUUCUCUGUUCGCUUUCAGUAUUUAUCUUUUACGCAACCAUUUACAACAGCACCUUGCUUUUGAUGGCUAUCAGUGUGGAUCGCUAUCUGGGAGUGGCCUUUCCAAUCAAGUACAAACUCAAGCGACAUCCUCGAUAUGCCAUGAUUGCAUGCGUUAUAUUCUGGUUGGUUUCCAUGUUACAUUGCAGCUCGGUCAUUAUUAUUCAGUAUAACUUCAAUAACACCGUCAAUGAUUCAUCCAAAAAAGAGCUCUGCUAUUAUGAGUUUACAGAAGAACAGCUGAAGCAUGUUUUGCCUGUCCGUUUCGAAUUGUUUGUCCUGCUGUUCUGCAUCCCUUUUAUCGUCUGCAGCUUCUGCUACAUCAGAUUCAUCCUCAUCCUCUCUCGGCUACCUAACAUCAACCCUCAGAAACGCUACAGGGCCAUUGGGCUUGCCCUAGCCACCCUGCUGGUCUUCAUCAUCUGCUUCAUGCCCUACAACGUGUCUCAUCUUGUGGGAUUUAUUGGAUGGUACAGUCCUGACUGGAGACCAUACGCACUCCUUACCAGCACCUUUAAUGCCUGCUUGGACCCUCUCAUUUUUUAUUUCUCCUCUUCAGUUCUCCGGGCGUCUUGCGAUCAAUUGAUAAGGAGACUAGUCAAUAGCAUGCAACCUUUCUGCUGCUGGAAAUUGCUUAACUCUCCUCACACCACACAGAGAUCCAAUGGCACUUCUGGCACACAAUGACAUGCUGGAAUGUAACAUUGCAUAUAACUUAACUUUGUUGGUUCAUGGUGUUUGCCAGGAUGUUAUAGAACAAUCUUACAGCUGUUGGUGGGCCAAAAGUGUAGCCCUUAUUCUUUUCUAAAUCUUUUGGCUAUCUAAGAAUAAACAUACCUCUUGCUUA